UGCUGUCAGAGGAAACAUCUCGGCUUGUGUGUCAGUGGCUUCACGUUACACGCCCCAUCUCUGACAGCAAUCUACGCAGCACCGGUGAGCCCUGACCACGCUUUUUUAACUUCAACUUCGCCGAGUUUUUAAUUUUUUUGAGUCGUAACUGUUUUUUAAUUACAUCUUAAUCAUCGUAAAAGAAAAAUACGUUUUAAGAACAUUAAAAAAAAAAUCAAUCAUUACUACGUGAGAAGACUCAGCAAGGAUUGACCCUUCGUCUAUUUUAUUGCGUAACAUUCAUCGGAGCCUAAGAAGAAAUCCCUCUACAGAAGAGCCUUUGGUUUGCAAUGUCCGCCUCUCUCCCUCAGUCUCCUCCGGCAGCUUCUCCAGUUUCCUCCCCACGUUUCAGCGUCCUCUCCUGGCCCCAAGUCCGCCGACUGGAUGCAGUCCUCGGGGAGAGCGUCCCUAUUCAUGGCCGGGGGAAUUUUCCCACCUUGUCGUGCACGCCUCGGCACCUCGUGCAGGUGGUUCGGAAAAGAUUGGAGCAGAAUGGAAUCCUUGUACACAACGUACGGCUGAAUGGCUCUGCUGCCAGCCAUGUGCUUCAUCAUGAUAGUGGCUUGGGAUACAAGGACCUGGACCUUAUCUUCAUGGUUGAUUUAAAAGGCCCAGAAGCCUUCGAGGUAGUGAAGCAUGCUGUUCUAGAUUGCCUUCUGGACUUCCUGCCCCCAGGGGUUAACAAAUCAAAAAUUACACCAAUGACUUUGAAUGAGGCUUAUGUUCAAAAGCUGGUGAAAGUCUGCACAGAGAGUGACAGGUGGAGUCUUAUCUCUUUAUCUAACAACCAUGGAAAAAACAUGGAGCUUAAGUUUGUGGACACUCUGAGACGCCAGUUUGAGUUCAGUGUCGACUCUUUUCAAAUCAUUCUUGACUCUUUGCUGAUGUUUAGUCAGUGUUCAGAGAGCCUUAUGUCUCAAAAUUCCCAUCCUACUGUUACCGGGGAGAGCAUGUAUGGGGAUUUUGAAGAGGCCAUGGACCAUUUGCGCAACAAGAUCAUUGCCACACGUAACCCAGAGGAGAUAAGAGGAGGAGGUCUCCUUAAGUAUUGCAACUUGCUGGUUAGGGGUUUCAAACCAAAGUCUGAGGUGGACAUGAAGACCAUGCAGAGAUACAUGUGCUCUCGCUACUUCAUAGACUUCCCAAGUAUACGAGAGCAAAUGCGGAAAUUGAAAUGCUACUUGCAGGACCACUUUGUGGGCAUGGAGGACAAACGCUAUGAUUGCCUGAUGACUCUCCACAAUGUGGUAAAUGAGAGUACAGUGUGCCUGAUGGGACAUGAACGAAGACAGACUCUCACACUGAUCUCUACUUUGGCUGUCCAGGUGUUAGCGGAACAAAAUUUUGUCUCCACUGUGCCCAACUAUACUUGCUACUACCAGCCAUCUGCUUUCAUGGGAGACUUAAACUACAACAGCUAUUAUUUUACCCCUGUACAGUCUGUAGUUCCCUGCAGCCACACCUACCAGACUUGGCUUCCGUGUUGCAACUGACAAGCAGGCCUGGCAGACUGACUUGAGCACUUCUCACUUGUUGGUUCAAGCAAUAGAAUAAAUUAGGAAUCUUACCUUUGCAUUUUUUUCUGCAUUUACUUUAGAUGAAUGUGGCCAGGCACAUGCCUGCAAGUGUGGAAAUCAUGCAUUUCUUAAAGUUUUUUUUUUGUUUUGUUUUUUUUUGAGACUCACCAUGCAGGAGCUGGCCAUGGAACAGAACACUCUUUUGAUUAAAAGACUUUACUGGUGGAUUGUACCAGAAUUUGGUUUAAUGUGUAAGAUUCUGUGUCCCAAUUGCAGGCUAAAGGUUUUAUUUUUCCUUCUAAGGACCAAAGAGAACAAGUUAGAUCUAAGUGCCUGUAUGUCUGAAAAUGCAAGAAACGUGUAGACACAAAUGGUUUGAUUCCUAGAUGCUCAAGCGCUAACUGGUCUCAGUAUUAAUGCAAUCAAUCUCCCAAUGACAUCCCCACCUCCCUCCCGGUUUGGUUUUAUGGAGGUGUCCUUUUAGCCCAUGUGGGUUUUAAUUUGCAUGGUUUUUAAAACAAAGGCGGUUUUCCCUUUGUUUUUAAAAGGGAGAGAAGUAACAAGCAUAAGUAAUCUGCAAUGAAAAGUGAAUUCUUUUUAGAGGACAAAAUUAAUUUCUUCCAUACUGACUCUUGAUUGGCUGCAAGCAUGCUUGCAGCCAAUCAAAAUAUAUAAAUACUAAAUGGAUGUUUGAGGGCAGUGGAAAGUGAUGCAACUUAAAGGGACAUGAAACAAGUUUUUCUUUCAUUACUGAUGGAGCGUACAUUUUUUAACAACUUCCCAAUUUUACGUAAAUUGACUUCAUUUUAUUCCUUGCUUAAGUAGCAAUACACUGCUGGGAGCUAUCUAAAAACAGGUGAGCAAUUAAUGAGGCAUAUGUGCAGCCACCAAUCGGCAGCUUGCUCCCGUUGUGCAUUGCUGCACCUGAGCCUACAUAGGUAUGCUUUUAAAAAAGGAUACUAACAAAAUUAAGCAAAUAUAAUGGAAGUAAAUUGGAAGUUUAUUUAAAAUUGUAUUCUCUCUCAGAAUCCUGAAAGACAAAAUGUCCCUUUUUUAAAAGGGGAAGCUUUGUGAGGAUUUUUAAACUUAAAACUAACUUUAUUGCAUCUUACUCCUAAAGCUUCCUAAGAUAAUUUUAAGUAUUUGAACAGGUUGUUACUUCCUGAGGACUUAACUAAUAUGGGAUUACCUAAUAUUACUAUAAUAUUACUAUUUUAGAGGAAGUGUUUUAAAGCUGUGUUUAAGGGAUAUAAUACUAGAAUUUCAUUGUAUAUUUUUUUUUUAGCUUUGAUUGGCAGCAUUUUGACCUUGUGUCCUUAAUGUGUCUGCAAGGUGUUUUUUGGACUGGAGUUAUACUAUGCACUGCCAAUUACACACUACUUUAAAAGACUUCUUGUCCCAUGCAGUUUGUAAACUUAAGUUGCAGGUUUUUUAAAUUUCUCUACAAAGUGGACCAUACAUACUAACUACAUAUAUUCUACAUACAUACAGUUUAAUGACCCAUAAUUGGUGGUGCUACUUGCUCAAAUGAGGUUUUUGUUAAUUAAAAGGGACACUACUAUACAAUGUUUCCCCUUAAUAUGUUCCUAAUGACCUAAUUUGUUAUACCUACUACAGAUUAAUGUAGGAAAACUAAUCCUUAAUUUUUUAUUUUUAUUUGAAAUAGCUGGUUUUUCUAAGUAAUACUUUCUGUUCCCCUCAUGCCUAUAUAAAUGUACUGUGCCUGCAGGGAAAGCAGACCUGCUAAUGUGUUGUCUUUACACACAACGUAAUUGUUAGGUAUUGAAAUGGUAAUUAUGGUUGAGGGUUCAGUGAGCACAACCUACUUAUUUCAGAUAUAAAAAUGUUUCUCAUAACCCCACUAGGAGUUUAAUUAUAUUGUCUCCUGUUUGUUUAGCUUUUUUGCAAAGCAUUUUUUUCCCUAUUCAGUGUGCUUGGCUGUUUCUACUGGAAAAAGUCAAUUAUUUCAAAUAUCAUACAAAGGAGUUAGCAAAUACUCAGCAGGUAAAGUUAACCAUUGGGAACACAUUAAAGGGGAAGACGUACCAUGUCCCUUUAACAUACCCUGCUCACUUGUUGUGACAGUUAAUAUUCACUAGAGGAGAUAGUUUGAGAUAUUCUAUCAUGUUUUUUUAAUAAUAAACAUACCUACGUUAUCCGUUAAACAUAAAGGGGGAAAACUUAAGUGUCUUGCAGAGCUAUAAAAUAUAUCUUUGCAUAUUUCCCAUAUUCAAAAAUUUGUGCUAGCAAACUUUUUUCCCUCCAUACUCUGCACUGUAUUUAAAAAAAAUAAAAAAUGGAAAAAAUUCUAUCUGAUUUUAAUGUUAUUCAUAACUUCAGAUAGGUGUUUGUUUUUACUAACAAUCUCAUUUUUUUCCACUCGUGUUUUUGUUUUAAUAAAAAAAUAGGGAUUUUAAUUUAGUUGUAACAAUGUCAUCAUGAGGUGGUGCAAAAGUAAACCUGUCUCAAAUAAAUUAAAUCCUUAGAGGAGCCUGUACAAAAUAAAAAUGAAGGGUUGUGGCAUUCAAUGUGUUUAAAUGAGUCAUCUACAUAGUAGUGCAAAAUUUUAUUUUUCUAUUAAUAUUUUAACAAGGGCUCAAAACCUUUGACUAACAAUCUAAAUUAUAGCCUAGUGAUAGUUUGAAUGCAAUUAACAACCUGUUCAGAUUUUAAUCAUCUUUAAUUAGAAGUUUGCAAACUACAAGUAAUGGGUGUGGUCAUAAUGUUAAUGGUUUUUAGCCAAUCCAUUUGCCCCAAUAGGGGAAACUAGGAAGUUAAACACUAGGACAUUUUUUUUCCUUCAUGUUGGGAGGGUUACAUAUAAAACAUUUGAGCCAAUACUGUCCUGUCUAUGUGCCAAUAUCUGACCAAUUGCUGUAGUUUUAAUACUCCCAAUGCAUAGUGCUCUACAUUUAACAACUUAAUAUCACGCUGCAGUCAACUGGUUAGAUUAGUUUCCUAAACUGUUUAAGAGCAGGAGUGCUGUGCAAAUACCAGAACACAAAGGAGGGGGCAGACUGAAACAUACCACCUGACUAGGGCCACACUCUCUUAAGGGGAUACUACAUCUAUUUCACACCUGCCUUUAAUCAUGGCUACCACCAUUUUGGUUACACUGGAGGUAUCUGAAGGAGAGUUGCUGCACAUGUGCAAAUAGGAAUAUAGUGAAAGAUGGCUUAACAUGGUAGUACCCAUGCCUUAGGGAGGCGGGAAAUAACCUUAAUACUAUGAUUAUAAAAUGCAUUUAAUGUUUUAUGGUAACAUUGCUACACAAGCCUCUACAGCUGUAGAUAGUUUGCUUGUCAGCUGUACACAAACUAGCAAUAUAUAUUUUGGGGCACAGUUCUUGUGAAUCCUUUGAAGAGUGCCAGAAUGCGUGAUACAUUUUUAGGAAAAGCUAGGUUUGGAAGGAAAUUCUAGAGGUUAAAUAUGUGCUUACGUCAUAUAUUGCAUAUCAAGGGUUGAUAAAUGCAUUGUGAACUUUUUUUUUUUUACACACAAAGGGACAGUCAACUCCAAAAUUUGUAUUGUCUAAAAAGAUAGAAAAUCCCUUUAUUACCCAUUCCCCAGUUCUGCACAACCAACCUGGUUAUAGUAAUAUACUUGUUACCUCUGAUUACCUUGUAUCUAAGCCUCUUGACAGCCCCUUGAUCACAUGGCUAUCUAUUGACUUGCAUUUUAGCCAAUUAGUGCAGUGUCGGCCACAACUCCAUGGAAGUGAGCACACUUAUCUAUAUGACCCACAUGAAUUAGCAGUCUCUUGUGAAAAGCUAAUAAAAAAAGCAUGUGAUAAGAGGCUGUCUGUAGUGGCUUGCAAACAGAGGUUUAAAUGUUAUUAAGUAUAUUAAUAUAACAACGUUGGUCCUGCAAAGGAGGGCAAUGGGUAGUAAAGGAAUUAUCUAUCUUUUUAAACGAUAACCAUUUUGGUGUUGGCUGUUCCUUUAAGCUUAAAAAAAGGACAGUGUGGCAUAGGUCAUGAUUUAGAUUUGUUUUCCUUCCAUUUCAGGUUCUGCUCAGACUACAUGAAGUCCCCUUUCUGUGCACAGACCUCAAUGAUUCUAUUUCAUUAACAGCUGGACUAACUGAAGGCUGCAGUGCUUAGUGUAGUGUUGCACUGUGCGUUUUUUUAAAAUGUUAUUUUCAUUAAUCCGUAAAUAUAUCUUAAUAUUGUACUAACAGAAAACUGUAAAACAUGUGACUUAAAAGUCUUCAGAAGUGAUUUACUGUCUUUAAGAAAUUGUGAAAGAAAGUUGUUUGUGGGCUUCUACAUAUCGUAGCUCAAGGUUUUAUUGUGUAUUGCAGAAUGUUCCUAUGGUGUAUAUAAGCUUAGCCUGAGUGCACACUGCAGCAUGCAAUAAUCUUAACUGUGUAAAACAGGCUUGCUUGUUUUUUUCUUUUCACAGCAGGUACCUUUCCUAGCCAUGCUUGUAAAUAGUGCCUGUUUAACAUGUACUAUUUAAAGGUCCUUUUGUUGUAAACAAGGCAUUCAAUUAAGUCUCGUGAUUGCUCUGUCAUAGUGGGUAUCAAAAAGGAAACACAAAAUCUAAAAAUCAUAUACAUGUCAAACUCAAAACAAUAGUUUGCAACAUAUAUUGUUAAACUUCCCAAUCCUCUGCUUAGUACCAGAGCAGAUAUCAAAUAUUAUUUAUUGUGUUUAUCCAUGUCUCAAUUGUGAUUGACUCAUCUGCUUUAGCAAGAAAAUCCUCCUUUUUUUUUUUUUUUUUUUUUACAGAGGGUUUAAACAUUAGGCCAAUCAUUCUUCCCUACCACAAUAGUCUACUACCAGAGAGGAAAAAUGCUGGAGUACAAAAAUAUGUUCAGUCUACUCCUGGAACUGUCAACACUCCAGAACAAUUAAAACUCUCCUCCUCUGACCAAAUUUAGGCAGCUUGCUCUUCAGGCCUGGGAGUGCCUGACAAUCAGUGACUUCAUUCUCCAAGCUGCCUGCUCAGCUCAUUCCUGCAAGCGUAGCACAUUUAACCCACUAGCUACUGUUAUGCUGCUGUACUUUGGAAAGUAAGGUUUAAAUGCUGGCAUACUUGAUCCAUUUCUGAUCACCUCCAUAUGCAGCUUUUAUUCUAGUUUACCAUGUGCCUUAUUAGUUUAUCAUAAUGGUGCUAAGUUUGCAACAUAAACCUUUUUUUUUUCCCUUUGGCCCUCAAAAUAACCAAUUGGCCCCAGCCAUUCAAGUCCAAUGGUUUAUAAACACAAUUAACUGCACAAUUCUGAAUGAGACUUUCUGAUGUCCCUCUACUGCACUAAAGCUUGUAAAAUGAUCUGUUUUUGUAUCUUAUGGGAUGGGAGGAAUACAGUGUUCAUUUUGCAAAUGUUACUUGAGCCUCAAAGUUGAGAGGCUCUUAAAAAAAGAAAAAGGAAUAAAAAUAUAUUUUCUCAAA